AUGAAAGCUCCUUUGAAAAAGACAAAGGAGGGAAGAGGCUACUACAGCUGCGUAGAUUUCGAAAAUUUAUACAACAAAAAAAAAAGAAGCAAAUCGAAAUACUCGACAUAUAGGAAAAAAAAUUACAGCGAUAGUGAACUGUUUGAAAAAAAAAAAAUACAAAUUAAAAAAAAAAAUGGCUGUAUGUACGUACAGAAACAUUACAUCCCCAGCAGAAAAGACAAUGACAAGCUGUACCUGUUUGACAAGAUAACUGUUUAUAAAAAUCACUUUGACAAAUAUGAAGAAAAGAAUGAUGAGAAAUUGUCCAAUUUAAAGAAAAUACUGAAGAUAUAUGAAAACGUAACGACGGACGAGAAGAGAAAACUGUACGAAUUGAUAAAGUUUUUCUCCUUCACACAAGGAGGAUUUCAAAAUGACAAACUGAGACAGAAGUUGUGGCUACUCCUACUCGGAUUUAACAUCAAUUUGUCGAAGGAGAAAAAUUAUAAUGAUCAUCCGAUAUCCAUCCUUUGUAUGAAACAUAAAAAUAAGUAUAAAUUUGUGAAUUCUGCCAAGCACUUUAAAUUAAAAUGGAUCCAAGAGGAGAACGAUGGGACGGGUGAUUGGCACGCGCGUGAAUGUGCAAAAGAUGAUUUGCGGCACAAAGGAAAAACUAAACCAAUCGCGCAGAGUCAAAAUAAUAUUUACUAUUAUGAUAAUUUUUCGUGCCCCCGGAAGAAGGAAUUUGUUUUCACCUACCGGGUAAAUGAUGAAGGGGGAGGCGAUCGUCCCCCUUCGGUUGACCAGGGGGGACAACCACCCUCUCCCACAGGUGCCCCCCUAGAGGGGUGCCUAUCAGUGAGAAGAAUCGAAUCAAUCGAUAAGGAAGGAGUCCAAUGCGGAUACAAAGCACCUGCACAUGUUGGUCACUUGGGUAACCGCAAAAGCACGCGUGCGAAGAGGAGAUUCUACCAGAAGGAAAUGGACGUGAAAUUUCACAACGUAAAUGAAUCCGCAUCGGCAGCACCCCCAAGUUGCUCGUCAAGGACAUCCUCAACGCCAUCCUGCAGGACUGAACUGUUAUGUUUCCCUGCCUUGGAUGCAGUAGAUGACUGCGCGUCUGAAAAUUCGCUGUACCUAUCGGACAGUUUAAUUUCCUCGACCAGAUCCUUCACAGCGUCGUCUGUGUUAUCGUUCACCUCCAACUGUUCAGACGACAUGGACACUGUGGGGAGCAAGUCGAGAAGUAGACACGAGGGACACCAUCCCCCUCUGCAUUUUUUCAGUAGUUCCCACUCGAUGGACGGUGCACGGGAUCGGUGCAACAGGGGGAGUAAGGGGCAAAGAAGCAUAUCAUCCAAUAAGAGGGUAAAUCCUGCUCAACGUAAUAUCUUCCCGCGGAAUGUACAAUCGAAUGACUCCUUCCCCUUUUUCUCCGAAGAGAAAUAUGCCAAAAAAAAAAAAAAAAAAAUUGUCAAGCAUGAUAUAGAGAAAAAGGCCAAGCGGUGCAUCCAAAGGAAGACGAAAAAAAUCAUUCACUUUCUGCUGAACAUUGAUAAGGAGAAAAAUAAUUACGAUAAAACGAGAAACAUAAAAUUUAUCAUGAAAUUGUACAAAGUCAUCUAUAAAAACAUGUUGGAGGUGGACCUCUACAUAGUGGAUUACAUCCUUCGAAAAAAUCAAAAAAAAGAAGAAAGCAAUAUUUUGUCCUACUUAAAAUAUAAUAUUGAAAAUAACUAUAACUUUAAUUCAAACCUUAACAAGUGGAUUAUUGACAGCGUCCUCCUCGACGAAAAUGAAAGAGUGCAAGUGAAGAAGGACGUCAAAAGAAGUGUAAACACGUGGAAUAUACACAAGUACAAUAUAUACGAAAUAAAGAAAAAAUAUCAGUAUAUUUUAAAAAAUGUUAUCUGUAGCAUUUUGUAUAAACAUUCGAACAAAAUUUAUUACGCGCAAGGGGUACACGACGUUUGUCUUGUUUUCAUUACUUUGUACUUUCAUAACUUUUUGAGGAGGUACAAAAAGUAUGUCUUCCUGGAGCACUUCAUAUCCAAGUUUGUUGUGAACAAAAUUUGUGAUUUGAUUUUUUCAAAGUUGACAAAUCAGUGUAAUGGUUGCCAUCCCCCGGAUGGGUCUACCAGUCAGGCUUUUUCAUCACAGGAGGGGAACAUCUCCUCCCCCAUUCGAUAUAAUAAUGAAGAUAAUGAAGCAAAUGGAGGGCUACCAACCCAGACGCGUAAAGGAACAAUCAUCAGAGGAGACCUCUUCCAAAACAAUAUUUUUGACAUGUUCCUCAUGGAGGAAAAGUACAUCGAAAAAAUAUGCCUGCUGAAUAAUAUUAACUUGGAUAGAUACAUAAAGUAUAAAAAGAAGAAAAAAAAAAAAGAGUACAUCGUGUACCUCCUAUGUGAGCGCUUUCUCCUUUUUUAUAUGAUCGAUUAUUUGACCUUGUCUCUGGAUGUGUCUAUUAACAACACCUUCAAGAGCAUCGGCUUACUGCUCAAAUAUAUGGACAAGGAGGUGUACGACGUGUUCUGCCUUGUCCAAAAGGAGCAGCAGUAUGAGAACAUGAAAUAUGUGAAUCGAAGUAACAGGGCGAGUAUGCUUGGUCGAGGUAACAGCAACGAGGAAAGAAACGCCAACAAGGGGAAACAGGCCCAAAGUGACACCAAAAAUGGUUCUAACGAACUGGACAGUAAGAGGAACUCCCUCAAGAUAAGUGGCACCGAGUUCUUCUUCUGCCUAAGUUGGGUUGUAACGUACUACUCUCACGUGUUCACCGAGUUUGAAAAGCUAGCUAGGAUUUUCGACACACUCCUCUCCAACGAUGGUAUCUUCAUAAUCUACUUCACCAGUUCCAUCAUUUUGCAUAAAAAGGAGGAACUCCUACAGAUAGCCAACAAGAAGAAGAAGGACUUGCUCUACAAUAAUAUGUACACAGAAACGCACUACAUUUUUCAAAACAUGAAAUGGGAAAACAUGAAUGUAGACAACAUAAUUAAAAAGACCUACUACUACAUGAAUUAUAAAAUCCCACAGGACACGUUUCUGGAGAAAAUAAGGAAGAAAAUAUCCUUCCCUCCUUUCUCCCCCAUUUAUAGCUACCCUUUCAUUUUGCACUACUUCCACUAUCAGAAGGAGAGGGAAGAGUUGCGCAACAGGUCGGUGGAGAAGUCCCUUCGGAGCUUCUACACGUAUAGCAAGGUCAGGGGUGAGGGUGACGGUGAUCGGCAGGACCAGCGGCAGCAAGAUGUGCAGCCAGUUCUGCCGGAACAGCCGCAGGGUGGGUGCACCCUGAACGUCCCACCCUGCAAGAUGGAAACCUACGACGAGUACAUCCACGACCUGCUGGACAAGCAGAGCGGGGCUAACUCCAAGGAAAAGAGGAAGAACCCAUUAUGGGGCAGAGAAAACCACAGCAAAGACGACAACAAUAUCUACCUGCACUACCCCUAUUCAAUACUUUCGAACCACUUAGAAAUGAAUAAAGAAAUUAUAAAAAAGCACCUGCUCGUGGAGGACUUUUUCCAAUACGUAUUCUACGACUUCAUCGUAAGCUACAAGGACAUUUGCAACAAACACAGGAUGAAGUCAAAAAAAAAAUGCUACAUCAUUCAGUAUAUCAAAGUGAAGGGCAGAAGGGAACACCUGUUAAUAAAGAGGAAAAAAAAAAAAAAAAAAAAAAAAGUAUGA